AUGCGGGGUCCCAGGUGCGUGGUCUCAGUCGAAGAAGGCGGAGGCAGGGACGAGGCCGGAGCACUUAUCCUCACCCAAUAUGGGGUCCCAGGUGCGUGGUCUCAGCCCGAAGAAGGCGACGAGGCCGGAGCGCUUUUCCUCAAUCAAAAGGUUCCAGGCGCGUGCUCGGAGGCGGGAGCGCUUAUCCUCAACCAAUAUGGGGUCCCAGGUGCGUGCUCUCGCGGACCAGGCCGGCGCAAUAUGGGGUUCCAGGCGCGUGGUCUCAUCCCGAAGAAGGCGGAGGCGGGGACGAGGCCGGAGCUGGGGUGCUUGAAGCCAGAAGAAGGCGAGCUUCAAGAGGAGGCGACAACAAGCUCGAAGGACUUACUCUCAGAAUACGUUCUCGGCGCGUGGUCUCAACCUGAAGAAGACAGAGGCGGCGACAAGGCCGGAGUGCCUAUCCUCAAUCAAUAUGGGGUCCCAGGUGCGCGGUCUCAACUUGAAGAGGAUGGAGGCGGGAACCAGGCGUGGAAGCUCAAGAUGAAGAAGGGCAAGGACAAGGUGCGUAUCCUCAAGACCGCCAUGGUAACCUGCGAGCCGCAUGACGCAGGCAAGCUGAACCAAAUCCCGUGCGUGGUCUCAGUCGAAGAAGGCGGAGGCAGGGACGAGGCCGGAGCAUUUAUCCUCACCCAAUAUGGGGUCCCAGGUGCGUGGUCUCAGCCCGAAGAAGGCGACGAGGCCGGAGCGCUUAUCCUCAACCAAUAUGUUCCAGGCGCGUGCUCGGAGGCGGGAGCGCUUAUCCUCAACCAAUAUGGGGUCCCAGGUGCGUGCUCUCGCGGACCAGGCCGGCGCAAUAUGGGGUUCCAGGCGCGUGGUCUCAGCCCGAAGAAGGCGGAGGCGGGGACGAGGCCGGAGCUGGGGUCCCAGGUGCGUGCUCGGCAGGGACGAGGCCGGAGCGCUUAUCCUCAACCAAUAUGGGGUCCCAGGUGCGAAAGCGGAGGCGGGGACGAGGCCGGAGCGCUUAUCCUCGACCAACGUGGAGUCCCAGGUACGCGAUCUCGGCCCGAAGAAGGUGAAGGUGGGGACGAGGGCGGAGCACUUAUCCUCAACCGAUAUGGGCUCCUAGGUGCGUGCCCUACCGCAGCGUGCAUCAGUGCCAGGUGCUUGAAGCCAGAAGAAGGCGAGCUUCAAGAGGAGGCGACAACAAGCUCGAAGGACUUACUCUCAGAAUACGUUCUCGGCGCGUGGUCUCAACCUGAAGAAGACAGAGGCGGCGACAAGGCCGGAUCGCCUAUCCUCAACUGUCAUGGGUUCCCAGGUUCGUGGUCUGGAGAGAACAGAAGCCGAGACCAGGCCGGAGUGCCUAUCCUCAAUCAAUAUGGGGUCCCAGGUGCGCGGUCUCAACUUGAAGAGGAUGGAGGCGGGAACCAGGCCGGAGCACUUCUCCUCAACCAAAACCGGGUCUGA